CUCUUAGAUGGUGGGUGUAUCAUGUUUAUAUAGACUAGAUCUAUUAUCUCUGUCAGAGCAAGAAGGCUUGAAAAUUGAGGGCCAGGGCAGAGAGUUUAGUUGAAAUCCUGACGCCCAUGUUGGGGAUUGGACUGGAGGGUUGUGCCCAAUAAGUAAGCCCAUUACAUUUAUAUAUAGAGAGAGGGAUCAUACUCCCCAGUAGGAGCCACCUUUUGCAGUGGCGUGGUGGUGGUAGAGACUAGUUGAAGGUGGGCAAUAUGCGUCUCUUUGAAGCCUACAAUUCUCACUCAGCUCGACUCACUCUCUUGGCCCUCCUCUCCGCUUCCACCCUUUACUGCUUCUACAAAUCUCUUCGUCUCAAAAGGCAUGCACUCCUCUUCCCAACCACUAACCCUAAUUCUUCCUCCAGAGGCAAGCUCUUCUUUGUUUCCCAAACAGGUACCUCCGAAAUCCUAGCCCGUCGUCUCCUCCGUCUUCUUACCUCUUGUGAUCUCUCUUUCGACCUUGUUCAUCCCAAAGACUACGAGCCCGAAGACCUUUCCAAAGAAACUCUCGUUUUGAUCGUAGCGUCCACGUGGGAAGAUGGAAACCCCCCUCCCGAUGCUGGAUUCUUUUCCAAUUGGCUUGCCGAGAGCGCAGACGAUUUUAGGGUUGGAUCUAUGUUGCUCUCUCGUUGUAAAUUCGCGGUGUUUGGGGUCGGAAGCCGAUCGUAUGGUGCGGCAUUCAAUGCUGUUGCGAGGGGUUUCUCGAAGCGGAUGCGGAAGCUUGGGGGUUUGCAGGUUUUGCCUGUUGAGGAAGGUGAUGUUGAUGCGGGUGAUUUGGAUGAGGUUUUUGAUGUUUGGAGUAGGAAGUUGAUUAGUGUUUUGAAGGGUGGUUCUGUGGAAAAUGGGGUUUUUGAUGGUUCUAUGGCUGUCGUGGAGAGUGAUGCUGAGACAAUUGAUGGGUCAGAAGAGGAUUAUGACGACGACGAUGAUGCGGAUAGAGAGAAUGGAGCCGAGGGGAGUAUUGUUGAUCUUGAGGAUAUUGCGGGUAAAGGUCCUUCAAGGAAAACAAAGACAAUGACAACUUCUAGUGGGACAAUUAAUGGGGAAAAAGAAAUGGUGACUCCAGUGAUCAGAGCGAGCCUAGAAAAGCAGGGAUACAAAAUUAUUGGUUCUCAUAGCGGUGUCAAAAUUUGUAGAUGGACAAAGUCACAACUUAGAGGCCGUGGUGGCUGCUACAAGCACUCAUUUUAUGGCAUAGAGAGUCACAGGUGCAUGGAAGCAACCCCAAGUUUGGCAUGUGCCAACAAAUGUGUUUUCUGUUGGAGGCACCACACUAAUCCUGUAGGAAAGAGCUGGCGCUGGAAGAUGGAUGAUCCUUUGGAGAUUGUGAAUUCUGCCAUUGACCUCCAUACGAAGAUGAUAAGGCAAAUGAAAGGUGUUCCUGGUGUUAAAGCGGAACGAUUAUCAGAAGGUCUUUCACCGAGGCAUUGUGCUUUAUCACUUGUUGGUGAACCUAUCAUGUAUCCAGAAAUUAACUCACUCAUAGAAGAACUGCACCGGAGGCGGAUUUCUACCUUUCUGGUGACAAAUGCACAGUUUCCUGAAAAGAUUAAAGAGUUGAAACCUGUUACUCAGUUAUAUGUUAGUGUAGAUGCGGCAACAAAGGACAGCUUGAAGGCAAUUGAUAGGCCACUCUUUGGGGACUUUUGGGAGCGAUUUGUUGAUUCCUUGAAAGCUCUCAGGGAAAAACAACAACGAACUGUUUAUCGCUUGACCUUGGUUAAAGGCUGGAAUACUGAAGAAAUAGAUGCUUAUUUUAAUCUUUUUUCCAUUGGGAAGCCCGACUUUGUUGAAAUCAAAGGAGUUACAUAUUGUGGAUCGUCUGCUACAUCAAAGUUGACGAUGGAGAAUGUGCCCUGGCAUGCUGAUGUGAAAGCCUUUUCAGAGGCCUUAGCUCUGAAGAGCAAAGGGGAGUAUGAGGUUGCUUGUGAGCACGUCCACUCGUGCUGUGUUCUCUUGGCAAAAUCCGAUAAGUUUAAGGUCAACAACCAAUGGUUCACAUGGAUAGACUAUGAAAAGUUCCAUGAUCUGGUAGCUUCUGGAAGACCUUUUAAUAGCAAGGAUUACAUGGCUGCCACACCAUCCUGGGCUGUCUACGGAGCAGAGGAAGGUGGGUUUGAUCCAGGUCAGUCUCGUUAUAGGAAGGAGCGGCAUCAUAGACCAAAAACCACUGAUUAACCGGGUGAGAAAUUUAAAUUUAUCGAAUAGUUGGAAUGGCUUGUUUAGGUUUUAUGGUAUUUUAGUUACUCAUGGAUCAAAAACAAUUUUGCAUUACAUGGCUAUAGAUGAGGCUGCAAAUCGUGGCAUACGGGAUAGUUCUUUCACAUGUAUUUUAUUUCUUUUUCAUAAAUAAAAAACAUUUGAGUUUAUACUGGUUUAUGUUUAAAGGGUUAUAAAUGUAUUAUUGUUUAUUGUCUUUA